GCGGCCGGGCGCUCAGGCUGGCGGCGGGAGGCGGCAGCGGCGCUGGGGCAUCUCUGCCCGCAGCCGCCAUGAAAUCUCCUCCAGCCCAGCGCCCGGCGGGCCAAGCGCCGGGGGAGGACGGCGGCGGGGGCCUGGCGGAGGCGCUGGGAGAGUUCGACGCGGUGCUGGCGGAGUUCUCCUGCCCYGCCGGCCGGCGCCGCUUCUUCUACGGCGAGCACCUGGAGCGCAUGAAGCGGCGGAGCAGCGCCAGCGUCAGCGACGGCAGCGGCCUCAGCGACUCCGAGAGUGCAGAUUCACUCUACAGAAAUAGUUUCAGUCUCAGUGAUGAAAAGCUCAACUCUUCAACUGCAUCUACUCCAAGCUUGCCAUCCCCUUCAGUAACUCCUUGUAAAGCAAAGCUUGGAGACACAAAAGAACUGGAGGACUUCAUUGCUGAUCUUGACAGAACAUUAGCAAGUAUGUGAAAUGAAUUUUCAGCACUGUGCUUGCAUGUCGGUGUCCUCUGGAGGAUAAAUUACAUCAAUCAGUGAGAACUGCUGCCCUUGUCUGAUAACUUUGYUCCCCAAGAUACUCACCCUCUGAACAUAACCUUUGUGAACUCCUACAACUAUUUAAAUGGCAACAUUGAUGUUUUUUUACCUUGCAGCUGUUGUAAUAAGAUAACUUAAAUGUUAGAGCUGUAUUUUGCUUUAAAAUAUAGCUUUAAUUUUAAUUUAAAGUUGCUUUUAUGCAAAUAUAUUUGUAAUUUUAUAUAGUUGAAAACUUUAAUGCUUUUUUCCAUUAUAAUAUAUUUUUGUAUGCAAAUAAAUCCUGAACUGGAAUCCAGAUGUCUGGAAGCUUCCUAUGAACAUGAGAAAGCUGAAACAUAAGUACAAAUUAAACUCUUUUUAAAACAAMAUGCUUUAAAAUAUCUCAGUAACAGUGUAUUUCCUGUUAGGCAAAAUUUGUUAUGCUGAUUUAAUGUGAUUGCUUAAAUAAGAGAACUUUGUUCUAUGUAAAAUUAAUGCAAUCAGGAAAAUAAUAAAUUUGGUCAAACUGUUACUUCAGAUUUGUGUCAAUACCAAUGAAAUA